UCCGCCUUCGUCGCCGUCCGCGAGGCCCCCGUGCCGCCCGGCCGCCGGUUCACCGUCUCAGCUCCCAGCGCCGCCCGCGGAGGGGCGGCUGAAGGCUACGGCCGGGGCGGGCGGGCGCCUGGCGUCUCUCAGUUUUCUCUCCUCCCGCCGUCUUCUCAUCUGGUGGAGAGGUCGGAGGCCAGCGCCUCUGACCGACUGGCGCCGGCGCAUCUGGGCCCUCCCUACCGGGCGCGCCGGGGAAACGCGCCGCCUCUGGGGCUUCCAACUCCCAGUCAUCUUUCGGAGCCUUCGCAGUGCCAUUCGCACGAUGGAAGUUAUAUGACAUAGAAUAUUUGGGGUGACAUCUUGAAAGAUCUUCAAGAAUUACAGAAGACAAAAAACACUAAUGCAUUUGAGAAAGUGGUAAAGUUUGGGGGGUGGGGAAAAAAACUGCUUUCCUGAUCUGCAACUUGGCUGGAUGCUAAGAUGUCUGUGGACAUGAAUAGCCAGGGGUCUGACAGCAAUGAAGAGGACUAUGACCCAAAUUGUGAGGAAGAAGAAGAGGAUGAAGACCCUGGGGACAUAGAGGACUAUUACGUGGGAGUAGCCAGCGAUGUUGAGCAGCAGGGAGCCGAUGCCUUUGAUCCUGAGGAGUACCAGUUCACCUGCUUGACCUACAAGGAGUCCGAGGGUGCCCUCAAUGAGCACAUGACCAGCUUAGCCUCUGUCCUAAAGGUAUCUCAUUCAGUUGCUAAACUUAUAUUAGUUAAUUUCCACUGGCAAGUUGCAGAGAUACUGGACAGAUACAAGUCUAAUUCUGCUCAGCUGCUUGUUGAGGCUCGAGUUCAGCCCAGUCCCUCGAAACAUGUUCCCACAGCCCACCCUCCUCACCACUGCGCAGUGUGUAUGCAGUUUGUGCGGAAGGAAAACCUACUUUCUCUGGCCUGUCAGCACCAGUUUUGCCGUAGCUGCUGGGAGCAGCACUGCUCAGUACUUGUCAAGGACGGUGUGGGUGUAGGAGUCUCUUGCAUGGCUCAGGACUGCCCACUGCGAACACCAGAGGACUUCGUGUUUCCAUUGCUGCCCAAUGAAGAAUUGAGAGACAAAUACAGGCGCUACCUCUUUAGGGACUAUGUGGAGAGUCAUUACCAGCUCCAGCUGUGCCCUGGUGCAGACUGCCCCAUGGUUAUUCGGGUACAGGAGCCUAGAGCUCGCCGAGUACAGUGCAAUCGGUGCAACGAGGUCUUCUGUUUCAAGUGUCGUCAGAUGUAUCACGCCCCCACAGACUGCGCCACAAUCCGGAAAUGGCUCACGAAGUGUGCAGAUGACUCCGAAACAGCCAACUACAUUAGUGCUCACACUAAAGACUGUCCAAAGUGUAACAUCUGCAUUGAGAAGAACGGAGGCUGCAAUCACAUGCAAUGCUCCAAGUGUAAACACGACUUCUGCUGGAUGUGUCUAGGAGAUUGGAAGACCCAUGGCAGCGAGUACUAUGAGUGCAGUCGGUACAAGGAGAACCCCGACAUUGUCAACCAGAGCCAGCAAGCCCAGGCCAGGGAGGCCCUCAAGAAGUACUUGUUUUACUUUGAGAGGUGGGAAAACCACAACAAGAGCUUGCAGCUGGAGGCACAGACGUACCAGCGGAUUCAUGAAAAGAUUCAGGAGAGGGUCAUGAAUAAUCUGGGGACAUGGAUCGACUGGCAGUACCUACAGAAUGCUGCCAAGCUCUUGGCUAAGUGCCGAUACACCCUGCAGUACACUUACCCAUACGCGUACUACAUGGAGUCUGGACCCAGGAAGAAAUUGUUUGAAUACCAGCAGGCUCAGCUGGAGGCUGAGAUCGAAAACCUGUCAUGGAAAGUGGAGCGUGCAGACAGCUAUGACAGAGGGGACUUAGAGAACCAGAUGCACAUAGCAGAGCAGCGGAGGAGAACCCUGCUGAAGGAUUUCCAUGACACCUAGGUGGGACAUGGGCGUGCUGGAGUGAGGAAGAUGUGGCUGCGAGGCCUCCUGGCUGCCGUACUGCAUGCUGCAGGCUCUGCCUUUCACGACCCCAGGCAACAGCCAGGGCCCCACUCCUGAGAGACACUGGCCACACACCUCUUAGUCCACUUCUGUUUUCUUCUCAUCUUUUUGCUUUUUGUUUUUACCAGGGUAGAGGCCACGUUGAAUUGGCCUCUUUUCAGGACUUUUAAUUCCCCCUGGAUGGUUGUUGGGAGGGAGGGAAAGUUUUUUUCUGAAUGACUAUUAAUAGUAUUAGAUCAUUACAACUUAUGUAAUUUUCAAAAGUUGUAUAAUUAUACAAAAAAAAAAAAGCAAACCAUAGAAUUACACAGAACCCUUUUUAAAAAUAAAUUGGCAAUGGAGUGUUUUA